CCCCCGCUCCCCGCCGGGUCCCGCCCGGUCCCUCCCGGUCCCGCCGCCGAUCCCCGCUCCGUCGCCGCACCAUGAGCAGCUCCCAGUUCAACAAGGGCCCCUCCUACGGCCUGUCCGCGGAGGUCAAGAACCGGCUCGCUCAGAAAUACGACCCACAGAAGGAAGCAGAGCUGCGGACGUGGAUCGAAAGUGUCACCGGGCGGCAGAUCGGGGCCGACUUCCAGAAGGGGCUGAAGGAUGGGGUCAUCCUCUGCGAGCUGAUGAACAAACUGCAGCCCAACUCGGUGAGGAAGAUCAACCGCUCAGCACUGAACUGGCACCAGCUUGAGAACCUCUCCAACUUCAUCAAGGCCAUGGCCAGCUACGGCAUGAACCCUGUGGACCUCUUUGAAGCCAACGACCUGUUUGAGAGUGGGAACCUGACUCAGGUGCAGGUGUCACUGCUGGCGCUGGCAGGCAUGGCCAAGACCAAGGGGCUGCAGAGUGGUGUGGACAUUGGUGUGAAAUACUCGGAGAGGCAGCAAAGGAACUUUGAUGAGGCCAAGAUGAAGGCUGGGCAGUGCGUGAUCGGGCUGCAGAUGGGCACCAAUAAAUGUGCCAGCCAGUCCGGUAUGACAGCCUAUGGCACCAGGAGGCACCUCUAUGACCCCAAGAACCAGAUCCUGCCUCCCAUGGACCAUUCCACCAUCAGCCUGCAGAUGGGCACCAACAAAUGUGCCAGCCAGGUGGGGAUGACAGCACCUGGUACCCGGCGGCACAUCUACGAUGCUAAGAUGGGGCUGGAAAAGUGUGACAACUCCUCCAUGUCGCUGCAGAUGGGUUCUAACCAGGGUGCCAAUCAGAGCGGGCAGGUCUUUGGUUUGGGUCGCCAGAUCUAUGACCCCAAAUACUGCCCACAGGGCACCCCAGGGGAUACAGCCAACAAUGCCAAUGAGCCAGGCACCGACCCCAUAGGGUACCACUAUUACCAGCAGGAGGAGAGCUGCUGAGCAGGGCUGUCCCCAUGCAGUCCAUCUCACAGCCACAUUCCAGCCUCAAUUCAUCAUUCCCUCUUUUUAAACGUCGUGUGUUUGGGUUGAAAUCGUGUUCAAAGGAAUCUCUUUUGCUGGGAAGGGACCAGCCCUGCAGCUUCGCCCACCCCUUGUCCUGGUGCUUGGAAGGACAUCCUAUGUGGGCAUCCCAUGCUCUCCUAUGAUUCCCUAUGAAAGCAAAAGCUGGAAGCGUUGUUACUUUGGAGAACUCUUGGGACUCAAAGGUUCUGAUUCCAUCUCAACCAGCUGCCCGGUGAUGGCAGCUUCGAGCCAGGUGGGGUGGGAGGGGGAUUUAUUCAACCACGUGGGGUUUUUAAUACAGAUGUUCUUAUAUUGAAA